UAAAGUAGUGUUCCACUUCUUCCCUUCCAAAAGUCGUCCACUAUUCAGUCGCUUUCGAUGCUCUUACUUAUUCGCCGGAGAAGCUGGUGGCCGCCUAAACGCUCCGUAAGAUCUGCGGUUGAAGAUUCAUUGAAGCGAGGACUGCUACCACCGCAGCCGCCGACAUGGUCGAAGACCUGGAUGAGCGAUCCGCCGAGCACUGGCUCGCCCGCGCCCGCCUCCUUCUACCUUCGGCCCUGGCAAAAUCCCGUUCCGCGGCCUCCGGCGGCACGCGGGGCUUUGCCGGCCGGUGGAAAUCUAUUGCUUCCAAACUCGAACGCAUCCCUCCCUGCCUCUCCGACCUUUCAAGCCACCCAUUUUUUGCAAAGAACGCGCUUUGCCUUGAGCAGCUUCAGUCUGUGGCUACUACCCUAGCCGAAACCAUUGAAUUGGCUGAACGGGUCUCCGGAGGCGACCCAUCCGUCGGAAAGCUCCAGAUGCAGAGUGACCUCGAUGUUUUAUCCGGUAAGCUUGAGCUCAAUCUCGACGAUUGCCGGCUUCUCAUCAAAUCGGGAGUUCUCGGUGAAGUCGCCCUUCCCCCUUCGCCCGAGGGCACUUCUUCGGAAUCAAACAUUAGGGAAUUGCUCGCAAGGUUGCAAAUUGGGCACGCGGAGGCGAAGCACCGCGCGAUUGAUGGGUUACUCGAGGUGAUGCGAGAGGAUGAGAAAAGUGUGGUGGCCGCCCUAGGCCGUAGCAGCAUCACCGCCCUAGUCCAGCUUCUUUCCUCCACAUCAUCAAAGAUCAGGGAGAAGGCCGCAACCGUUGUGUGCUUCUUAGCAGAAUCUGGAAAUUGUGAGGGUCUGUUGGUCUCUGAAGCUGUCCUGCCACCGUUGGUAAGGCUGGUUGAAUCCGGUAGCCUUGUGGGAAGGGAAAAAGCAGUGAUAUCAUUGCAAAGGCUCUCAAUGUCUGUAGACACAGCUAGAGCCAUUGCUGGGGAUGGAGGCAUCCAACCAUUGAUUGAGGUAUGCCAAAUUGGGGAUUCAUUUACACAAUUGGCCGCCGCUGGCACUUUAAAGAACCUCUCUGCAGUGGUGGAAGUGCGUCAGAGUCUUGCUGAUGAAGGAGCUAUCAGAGUCAUGAUCAAUAUUCUCGACUGCGGUGCUGUUUUGGGUGCAAAAGAGUAUGCAGCUGAAUGCUUGCAGAAUUUGUCUUCUGGUUGUAAUAGCCUGAGGAAGUCAAUUGUAUCUGAGGGCGGAAUUCGCAGCCUCUUAGCCUAUCUUGAUGGCCCUCUACCACAGGAAUCGGCGGUUUCUGCGCUGAGAAAUCUUUUGGUUUCAGUCUCAAUGGAUAGCCUGCCCUCCCUCGGACUUCUGCCAAGACUAGUCCAUGUACUGAAGGAUGGAUCUCUGGGUGCGCAGCAGGCUGCAGCAUCUGCAAUUUGUAGGAUAUCUGGUACCUCUGAAAUGAAGAGAUUGAUUUGGGAGUAUGGAUGUGUUGCUUUUCUUAUAAAGUUGUUGGAGGCCAAGUCGAAUGGUGCAAGAGAGGUGGCUGCCCAGGCAAUUGCUACCCUGAUAAGCUAUGGGCCGAUUUGCCGAGAUGUAAAGAAGGAUGAGCAGAGCGUACCAAGCAUGGUUCAGUUGCUUGACCCAAGCCCAGCAAAUACAGCGAAGAAGUAUGCAGUAUCUUGCCUCUUGUCAUUGUCUUCCAGCAAGAAGUCCAAGAAGAUGAUGAUUUCUCAUGGUGCAAUUGGGUACCUUAAGAAGCUUAAAGAGUUGGAUGUGCCCGGUUCAAAGAAGCUGUUGGAGAGACUAGAGAAGGGGAUGCUGAGAAACUUAUUUAGCAAGAAAUAAGUGAAGGCUGAAAUUCUGAGUCUUCCAUAGUUUCACUGCCUCUAUGAAACAUUAAUUGGAUACUGAGAGCUGUGUUCUGAUCCUUGGCCAUGUUUGUGUAUGCUGAAUGUACAAUUGCCCUAUUAAAAUCUCAGAUGUUGUACCUCCUAGUUCUCUGUAAAUCUCUGAACUAUCUUGGCACUUCCCCAUUUCUCAAUCUCAUUUAGUCCAUUAAAAACUAGCUCCUUACUGAUCUUGUUGCUUUUUGUUCAUUCCAUUUUAUUUUAGCCCUUGUUUUCCUAA